AUGGCAGAUUGUUCGGAAUCGCUUAAAAAAACCAAGUGUCGAAGUUCUAAGAAAGGACCGCAGUUGAAAUCAUGGAUUUGGUGUUUUUUGAUAAAGUGCUUAAUAAGUUUACCGUGUAUAUUUUCAAAAUGUCUCGGUGUAGAUAUAACAGUGGCGAUAUAUCCGCCAGGUGAAAUUAUUGUAGAAUAUGGUAAACCUUUAGAGUUAUUUUGUGUUGCUGAAAAUUAUUCAGCAAAUGACAUUAAGUUCCUAAUAGGUGGUCAAACGUUAGAAUCAGAGGUUGUAAAUAGUUCAACUAGAAGAUUGUACAUUAAAAAGCCUGAGAAGCAGGCAAGCACAUACUAUUGCCAAAAUACUAAAAAUCAAAAGAAAUGCACUAGCAGAGUACUCGUUGAAAGUCCUCCUACAGAUGUAACAGAUUUUAGUUGUAUUUCUUACAAUUUGGAAAUUCUGAACUGCUCUUGGACAAGUUUGGUAACACUCACUAGUAUGAACUAUUCUGUAACAUUCUCUGGCAACAACUACUUGGCUACCCCACCGUGUUUCUCAGAUAAAGUAUAUAGUGUAAUGAACAGGAAGAGAUACUGCUUAUGGAAUACAACCAGCCAACCGAGAUAUAGACAACAGGAGGAGAAACAAUACUUCUAUCUAACGGCAUGUAAUGUGUAUGCUUGUAAUAGUCAAAACUUCACAAUUGACCAUUACUCAAUUGUUAAACCUGACCCACCUUCGAAUUUACAAGUAACUGAAAAUGGUACUCACAGUGUACAGUUAAUGUGGAGUAUUCCUAACAAUAUGGCCGAUUUACUGCCCUGCGGUGUUGAUCAUAUAAUAGAAUAUCAAAUAGCUAAAAUCGAUAACACUACACACUUCCGGAGAGUCAAUGCAUCAUUCCUACCUCCAAAAAAUAAAAUUUACAGAUUUCAAUUGACAGACCUUCCAUAUGCUCAUAAACAGUAUGAAGUAAGGGUGUUUAUUAAGUCUAAAAAGGCUACAAAGAGAGAGUUAUGGUCGGACUUUAGCUAUGUUGUGUUCUAUACUGCAAGUGAGAGACCUAAAAGACCCCCCGAUACUGUAGCUGGUGCUUUUCAUAAAUCUGCAUAUAGCAAUAAUAGAGUGAUUUAUGUUUAUUGGAAACAGCUCGAAGAAUAUGAGGAGGCUGGAGCAAACUUUACUUAUAAAAUCAUUGUAUCUCAAGAUAAUAAGACACAAACGGUGUUCCCAGAUAAAAACAAGAGUUUGAGCUAUGUCAGACUUAAUGCUACACUUAAUGCAUUGGACAUCACAGUCUGGUCAUUAAACAACAAAGGCACUUCUCUUAACAGCAGUCACUUAUACAUCCCUGCUGAAAAAGACACUCACUCAUUAAAACUAACUUCAUUCACAAAAUUAGCGUAUGAGAAUGGAACUUAUGAGUUAUCAUGGGUUGCAAUAAAAAAUAUUGACAAUUACACCCUUUUCUGGUGUCAGCAUAAUGCAACACAGAUAUGCGUAGGAAGAAUGGAUUUUGCUGUUCUGAGUCCGAAUAAAAGUAAUCAUGUUAUUGAUCUACCGAGGGAAUAUAGAUAUCAGUUUGCAAUAUCUGCAAACAAUGGAUCAAAAACUAGUGGUAUGGUAUGGGCCAACUGUGACAUUUCAAAGGAUGGAUUUGUGAUGUAUGGUUUCCCAGUUCAUUUAAAAUAUGAUGCACCAGGGAAGUCACAUGUGACACUAAGAUGGCUUAUGGAUUGUGCUCUUCAAGAUGGUAUAAUUACAGGGUACAAUAUAUCCUACUGUCCUAUAGUUCAAACAAGCAGUUACUGUGACAAAUCUUUCAACAACAGUUACAAGUUCAUCUCUAACCCUAAGCAAAUGCAGGUUACUAUAGAAAAUUUAUUUCCAUUCAGAACAUACCAGUUCACUAUAGCCUUGAAUACUAUUUAUGGACAAAAAACUAUAGAGAAUGCUACUGCUGUUAUAACAACUUCAGAAGAUACUCCUACGAACCCUGUAAAUAUAUCGGUAUCCAAUAUAAGAAACACCUCGCUCGUUAUAUCAUGGGAUCCUCCAAUACACAAGAAUGGAAAUAUAGGAAAAUAUGUCAUCUAUAAUUAUGACAAGGAAUUGUAUGUUGACAGUGUGUCUGGUACUGACACAUCUCGGAGACAAGUGACAAUAACUGGCCUACAGGGUUUUACUAAGUACUCAUUAACUGUGCAAGCCUGUAACAUUCCAAUAGGUUUAUGUUCAAAAAUAAGAUCUAAUGACUCUGUAAACGUAACCACCAGAAUAGGUGCUCCAAGUAGACUAAGAGCACCAACUGUAAAAAAUAGCCCUAACAAACUACAAUGGGAACCCCCAGAAAUUCCCGGAGGCAGGGUGGAUCUAUAUGAAAUAAGAAGAAUCAAAGAUGAUCUUGCACCUGAAAUUAUUAAUACUACAGAAUUGUCAUAUCCCCUUGAGUAUUGUGUAGGUGUUGUAUCAACAGAGAUGUAUCAAGUGAGAGCAGUUAAUUUCGAUGUGACCCCAUCUAGAAAAGGGAUUAAUGAACCUCCAAAAGUAUAUGUAGGACCAUGGAGUGAAUCAAGUGUUGUUGCUUGUAGGACCAGAGAUGGUUUGACAAUGAUAUUAAUUAUCAUGGCAGUUCUCUCAUUAACAGCGAUAGUUGUAUACGGUUCUAUAAAGCAAUACAAAAAGUAUCGGAAAAUGGAGGAUAUCAAACCAGUCUUACCAAGCGGUUUAGGUAUUCCUGAAAAAGAUAUAUCCAAGUACACUUUCGGUAAUUGGAAUCCCACAACUAAAGAAGAAAAGCCCUCAUCUGAUGAAAUGUUACUAUUGCCUAAUUCUAAAACAACAGUUUCAUCUACCGACACAAAACAAAAAGACGACAACUGUGCUUCAAGUGAUCAUACAGAUAGCACUGCUUUAUCAGAGUCUUCAAGAGGCCCUGUUGAAAGACAAGCUUCAACAUCGGAAGAAGGCUCCGAAACGUCAGAGCAUUUAGAGGUAGUUGCCGAUAAAGGAGAUAACAGUGCUGAAAUCCAAGAAGAGGAAUCCUCAGCAUCAGAUACUGAAACUUCUCCAGAAAAUUCGCCUUACUUUAGUGAUAAAGCUUUCAAGAAAAACCCAACUAGUGGAUACGUACAACCGGUAGUGAGUACUACUUCCGGAUAUGUUCAGUCAGCACCAGCGCCAGUGCAAACUAAAUGUCCAUCUCAGAGUACUGCAACACAACCAGCUAGCAACAGUUACGUUAUGGCUGGCCUGCCACCACCAGUAUUUGUUCCUAACUCAGUGACGGCCACAAAUCCGCCCACUUUAUCUUCAGGCUACGUACUACCCGAAGACGUACAAGCCAGGUCUAUGAUGAAUACUAAUAAGUUUGGACCAUCGAUUCCAAAAUCCGUUGGACCAGAAAGUUUGCCAACGAUGCCUUCCUUGCCACCAGCAGCGAAACAAAGCGCCGACAAUAGCUAUAUCCAGUUACAGUCUUUAGACUCCUUGCCUAGUCUUAAGUUAAGUGAGCGUAACUCGUUCCCGAAACAGCCGUCCAGCGGUUAUGUAAGUCCGGCGGACGUCGUCAUAAACAAGCAUCUGAACAUCUUGACCGGCGGCCAGCACGCCGAGGAGUCUGCGAUAUUAGACCCAACGAUGUCUCCGGACGCAUACUGUCGCUUCUCCUGGAGCAAUGACCCCGCCAAUGAUAAUUUAAAUACCUUACUCAGCGAUUCCCCCACACGGACGUACAACAAUUGA